AUGUCGAUCCAAGAUCUGGCAAGCCAUGGCCUGGACUAUCCAUUCAUUGAGCACAUAUUCAAGGACCGCCUGGAUCAAUUCAACAAUCUGGUCGCCGUGAUGCUGCAGAAUCUAAGAAAUCUUGAUAGCAACAAAAGGAUGCCAGAUUUUGAACCAAUGACUUACGAUGAGUUUUAUGAUACCGUGCAAGAUCUAUUUAAUGAUGAAUUGAAAGCUGAGUUCAUAAAGGCAUGUUUUAAGAAGAUUAACAUUGACGUGACAACACCCAUUGACUGGUGUGAACUUUUUGGAUAUUUUCCAUCAGAUGAAAAGAGUAUCAUGGACAUCCUGCCGAUAUUCAUGAUUUCCAAGCGACAAAAUAUUGAAAUGAGAGAAGAGUUAAAAAGGAGACAUGAUCACAUUCACUGUGUGGUUAAUGUGCACCAUCUUGAUCAUGUGUUAGUAGCUACAUUAAAAGGGAUUAUUCUACUUUAUAACAGCCAGAUGAAGCUUCAAACAUUCAGUGACAUUGGUGAUGUUUCCCAAGUGACUGGCUGUGAUUACCUUAGCCAGUUAAAACGAAUUGUAGCUGUUACUGAAACAAGUAUUGUUAUAUGGGAUCAUAAACCAAAGACUAAAAACCAGACUAAUUUUUUGACUCUUAAACCUAUGAAAAACAUUAUGCUCUGUGUCUGUACGGUAAACCUACCUGAGUAUAGGGAUGAAGAUUGCUUACUAAUUGGCGAUGAUGCUGGGUUUUUGAAUCGAAUAAUUGUGGGAAGUGAUGAUCUCAACUUCCAGAAAUCCAUGGAAAGUGAUGCUUUGCGAUCCCAGGCCUUGGAUCCACGCCUUCUUCGUCGCCCCAUUCUACGUCGGAAACUACACAAUGGCUGGGUAUUGAGAGUGAAGUACUUUGCACAUUUGAACUGUUUUGCGUGCUGUUCUCCAGACAGCGUGCAUUCACUGGUCCUGGAUGACAUACGCAAGCUUGGAGACUGUCAGCCAAUUAGAACAGCUUCAAUCCCAAGGGGUGUUAAUGCAUUUGAUUAUUGUGUGAAAGCAAAUACCAUUGUUACAGGAGGAGAAGAUAAAAUUCUCCGCCUUUGGAAUCCUAGUAUGUUCGCCAAGCCAAAAGCAUUGAUAUACGGCCAUACCUGCAUCAUUACUGAUGUAGUAAUCAAUGAAACAGAUCAACAUAUCAUUAGCCUGUCAACUGAAGGGAUGUUCAGGGUCUGGGAUGUUCAGACACUUGCUGUGUUGCAAGUCUUCACAACGGGUGAACGUAAAGGAGAUCGGCAUAUCAACAUAAUGAUCUUUGAUGCUAAAAAUAAGAGAUUAAUAACUGGUUCCAACAUAGUAGAACUUGUACCUCUCAUGUCUGCUGUGCAAGACAGCAUGCUAGUUCCCCUAUCUCAUGAAAAAUCCAUCAAUGUUCUAGUCUAUAGCAAAAUGAACACCAAGUUGGCCUCCAUUUGCAGUAAAUCUGUACUUAAGGUAUGGGAAGUGCAAACUGGAGAGAAACUCUAUCAAAUUGAGCAUCCCCAUGGACAUGGUAUAGAAGUGACAGCUGGAGCAGUGGAUCAGAGAGGAAUGCAUCUCAUUACUGGAGCAGCUGAUGGCUCAAUUAUAACUUGGGAGCUUUAUACGGGAGAGAAAGUUAAAGUCAUUCCUCCGACCACAGAAAACACUGAAGAAGAUCAUCGCAUUUCACAGCUGUACUUUAUGAACUAUGGCAACCCGCAAAUAGUGCUUGCUUUUGGUUGGAAAAACAAGAUCAAAAUUCUUCAGAAUGAACUGACCGACACAGCACUAAGUGGCAUUGAUUUAAUAAACAUCAAUGAUGAAAAUUUGCUAGCUGUUGGAUGGCUCAAUUUAAUCAUGAUAUGGAAUUUAGAUAUGGCAUCCCUCUUGCAAGUGUUUAAUGAAGAUCGAAUUACAGAAACACGAGAUGAAGUUAAAGAUCAGGAAUUGAUGCAUGAUGUCAAGUCACCCAUGGUUAAAAUAGUCAAAUUUGUACCCCUCAAACUGCAAAUUAAUGAGAUAGAAAUUACUGGGUACACGAACAAAACGGCAGAACUUGGAAGAGAGACAGAUAUUUCCUGGCUUCUGGUUCUGCAGGGCAACCAAUUGGUGAAAAUCAUGCCUACUAUACAGUUUUCUAGUCCUAUCACCGCAGUCUUUGUAGAUGAUAUUGCAGCUCUACUAUUGGCUGGCAAUCAGAGAGGAUACGUAAUAAUUUGGGAUAUUGCAGCCUUUCUAGGUGAUCCAUACUCAUUAAAUAAGGAUUCUGUCAAUCGCCUAGUUAGCUGGAGAGCCCAUAAUUUCCAAAUAGUGAGUCUGUUCCAUGUGGAGGAGGCAAAUGUUGCUGUUACUGCAUCCAUAGAUUGUUCAAUCAGGGUUUGGUACUCACCAAAUGGGCAUUACAUUGGAUAUUUUGGACAACAUAGCUCUUUGGUAUUAAUGAACCCCAGUAAGUUUGUUUUACCAUCUGACAUAAUUGAAGCACCUGUGGAAAGCCAGUCAAACAAAUCAGACAAGACUGACCAGUUGGAUUAUCCCUUGAAAUUGGAUUGGGAAAGAUGGAAGCCAUUUGAUCGGGAAGAAUAUGACUUAAAGUUAACACAAGAACGGAAGGUUCUUGACAUGGAUCAUGAUAAGAAAUUCUUUCAAUCCGUGACUAUACCGAGGGUAGGAAUUAAUACUUUUGAUAUAAUACAAUGUAAGUUCACCUCCACUUCUUUCAGGAAAGUCUCUGAACCUCAGGUCUCAGCAAUUGGAGACUUUGCUAGACUCCAUUCCUCAACUGCGACCUUCAAGUUUACCCCAGUUCCACAGGCAGUUCCCUCUGGUUUGUAG